UUCGUGAACGCGAGAAUCCUCGGGCAGCCCGUCCCACCCCGCGCCGUCGCUGACGUCUUGUAAUGGCUGUCACCCCAUCGCCUGGCUGUUGUGUUUUUCUCCCCCCACCCCUCCAAAUGGCGAAGGCUAGCCUGUUAGCUUGGUGACCCCCUUCUUCUCAGUCUCUGGCCAGCUAGCCAGCGGUCCUCCGUCGGGGAAAGUGGGGGGUAGGGGGGUAUUGUUCCGGAGCCGAUGUCGCCGUCACGCAAGGCGGCGACGCUCGGACGGCCGCCCCGUUUGCAACCGCCUUGUUAUCGGACAUGCAUUAAUACCAAAUAUGCAGUUUUUGCCUCCCAUUCAGAGUAUGAUAUGCGCCGAAGGAGGGGUUUGGAUGCAGUCGGGCUAACUGGCUAAUGCUAACCGAUGUCACACUCUGGCCUGUGCUAAUCCCGUAAUGGGGGACAUGAAGACCCCAGAUUUUGAUGACCUGCUGGCAGCGUUUGACAUUCCGGACAUAGACGCCAAGGAGGCCAUCCAAUCUGCGCCGGAUGAGGCAGAAGGACCCCAUGGGCCCGCCGGGGCGCCCCUGGUUAAGUCAGACGCCACGGUGGGGCCAUCCAGCCCCUCGGACCCACAGGGGGACACGUCUAUUGUGAGUGUCAUCGUGAAGAACAAAGUACGCGCCGAGACGGCGGCCGGCGGUGAGGAUGGUGACGCGGAGCCGGACGCCAUCGACGUGAUCGCAGGGGUGGACAUGGUCCCUCGUCUUGGCGGGAUGGCUGAACCGGAUGUUCUCAAUCACAACGGUUUCGGGGUUUCUGGGGUCCCCGCCCCGCUCUCCGUCAGCCAGUCCAACGGUGCCCCGUGGCCCCUCAGUGUCCCUAAAUCGUCAACGGAAACUUUGAGUCCGGCCAAGUCCGCUAAGCAGGGAGGAAACAUUUUUAACAGACUGAAGCCUCUGCUGGGCCCCGGUUCUGGAGAUCCGGUUGGCCGGGCAAGGAAGAUGCAGCUCCUGCAGCAGCAGCAGGAUGCGGCACAGGAGAGAGUGGAGGGCCUCAAAGCUACGCUAGCCUCUGGAUCUUCCGCAGGACUCGCCCCGACUUACUUCCCGGCCCCCAAGCCUCUUCCCGCGCCGCCCGCCACUCUCUCCUCACAUAUCAAGUCUUUUAACGGCACCCCUAAAAUGGCGGACUAUCAGCACCAGCAGAUGGAGGAAGAGGAGGAGGAUUCUGAUGCAGAUUUGGACAGUCCGCUGGUCAUCCAGGAGAACCCGGACUCUCCGGUUUCCGCUCAGAUGAACAGCCGUUAUAAAGAUCUAACCCAGCCCACGUUGUCCGCUCCGUCUCUCCCCAAGCCUGGGUACACCCCCCAGGGGGGCUCAGGUGGAAGCGAGACCCCUCAGCCAGAAGAGAAGCACUCAGAGCACGUCAUAGAGGAGAGGGACUCCCCGGAGAGUCCGGAACCAGAGGCGCCAAAGUCAACCACUCAAGUGGCGUCCGCCAAAAGGUGUUCCAGCCCCGCGGGGGCCUCCACGCCGUCGUCGGAGCUCAGGGAGCCCAAGGAGGAGGAGGAGGAGAUGGAGGUAGGAAACGGGAUCGACAAAACGGCGGAUGGGAACGCCGACAAGUCAGAAAACGCUUGUGAGGAGAAGCUGGAGACGGACGAGGGCAAGCCCAAAGUGGUCCCCGCCGAGGGUGCCGUCGUCGCCGUCCCGGCUGCUCCGGGGGCUCCCUCGCGACCACUCAAAGUGCGAAUAAAGACCAUCAAAACGUCCACGGGCGGCAUCACCAGAACGGUGACGAGGGUGGCCUCCAAGGGCGCCGCCGGUGGCAAAGGGCCUGACCCGAAAGUGGGAGGUGAGCGCAAGGCACUGGCCAACAAAGCUCAAAAGAGUGAUCAGCAACAGAAUGUGAGCGCCCUGAACGCCCUACCAGUGUCCACGCUCGCCGCCAGCAGCGUCAUGCUCGCCGCUGCCACUAAAGUACAGAACAAAAUGGCCGCCUCCGACAAGGCGAAGGUUUCGGUCACCGCCGUCAACAUCACAAAAUCCGCCGCCCUGCCCGCCACUCCCGUGGCCUCGUCGCCCAAGUUUUCCGGGAUCAGCGUGCGGGCAGCCGCAAAAGGCUCGCCCAACGGCGCCGGCGGCAACUCCCAGUCGAAUAAACCCGCCUCCAUCGUCAACAGCACGGGCGCCGUCAUCUCCCGAAGCCAGUCCAGCCUGGUGGAGGCUUUCAACAAGAUCCUCAACAGCAAGAACCUGCUGCCCAGCUACAAGCCCGACCUGUCGGCGCCGCCGCCCCCCGAAUGGGGGCUCCCGCUACCGGCCGCGGGGUACCGCUGCCUGGAGUGCGGCGACGCCUUCGCCCUGGAGCGUAGCCUGGCGCGCCACUACGACCGGCGCUCGCUGCGCAUCGAGGUGACGUGCAACCACUGCGCCAAGCGGCUGGCGUUCUUCAACAAGUGCAGUCUGCUGCUGCACGCCCGCGAGCACAAAGAGCGAGGCCUGGUCAUGCAGUGCUCGCACCUGGUGAUGAGGCCCGUCACCGUGGAGCAGAUGAUUGGACAGCAGGACGUCACGCCCGUCGGUAGCAUGCUCUCCUCUUCGUCCCCCUCCGCCGCCGCCGCCGGCUCCAGCCCAAUGAAGGACGGCGUGGCGGCGCCCGCCGGAGGUCCGCCCCGACAGGUCCGGCGCGCCCCGCAGAGCCCGCAGGCGCUGAUGCCGCUGCCCUGCAAGAAAGCCGAGAGCCUGCAAUACAACAACUACAAAUGCCCCGAGUGCCAGACGCAGUUCUCCAGCAAGACGGCGCUGGUCUCCCACUUCCAGCAGAUCAGAGCCGCGCCCAAUUCGACGUGCUCUCAGUGCUCUCCGCCCAUGAUGCUGCCAAACACGUGCGCCGUGUCCGCCCACCAGAGGAUCCACAAGCACAAAGCACCCUACGUGUGCCCCGAGUGCGGGGGGGUGGCGCGGCAGGCCGGCUUCCAGACCCACCUGGACGAGGCCUGCCUGCACUUUGCUCGCCGCAUCGGCUACAGGUGCUCGAGUUGCCAAGUGGUUUUCGGCGGCUUGAACUCCAUCAAGUCCCACAUCCAGACGGCCCACUGCGAGGUGUUCCACAAAUGCCCCAGCUGCCCCAUGGCGUUCAAGUCGGCGCCCAGCGCCCAGACGCACAUCGGCACGCAGCACCCGGCGCUCACCGGCGGACAGGCCAAGAUGAUCUACAAGUGUGUCAUGUGCGACACAGUUUUUACCCAAAAGCCCUUGCUCUACAUGCACUUUGACACGCACCUGGCCAAGCAAAAGGUGCACGUGUUCAAGUGUCCCGACUGCACUAAGCUGUACGCGCAGAAAGGCUCCAUGAUGGAGCACAUCAAGACGGCGCACAGGGGCCCAGCGGCGAAACAGGAAGCCGCCGCCGAGCCCCCCGCCGCCACCACCCCCGUCCCGACGUCAGGCCCCAAGGCCAAACCCUCCGCCAAGCCCGACAACUCAGACGGCGAGGACUGGGGGCGAGAUCAGGAGGAGGAAGAGGACGAGGAGGAGGAGGAGGAGGAAGAAGAGGACGACGACGGGGACGAGGACUACGAGGGGCCCGGCUCGGGGGUGGUCGGGGCGACGCCCGGUGCCCCGACCGAGUGGACCUGCCCGCAGUGCCAGAGCACCUUCACGGACAAUGAAGACUAUCUCAGCCACGUCAAGAUGGAGCACGGCAAGUUCCCGUGUCGCAUCUGCGGGGGGAACUUCAGCACGUCGUCCAGCCUCAGGCGCCACGAGAGAGUCAUUCACGAGGGAAAUAAGAGGGUCUUCCAUUGCCAGUAUUGCACAGAGGGUAAACGAACCUUUGGCAGCCGCUUCCUGCUGGACAAACACAUCCGACUCAAGCACAGAGGCACGGACGGCCAGGCUCCACAGGCGGCGCCAAUGACCAGGAAGCGCGCCGCCACGGGCACAGAGGGUCCCGGCAGCUCUUCGGAGCAGGACGGCGAGGGCGGCGCUCCCGGCAGCAAGCCUGCGGCCGACGAAGAGAACGCCCCGGAGGACGGCGAGGAACCGGGCGCCGGCCCCGCCAAAAAAAGCCGGGCCUCCGCUGAGCCGGAGGAGGAGAGCGGCAGCGUGUUCCGAUGCGUGCCCUGCGGCUUCUCCACAGAGGACGGCGCAGAAUUCCAGCGCCACAUCCCGCAGCACCGCGCAGACACGGCCUCUUUCCAGUGCUUGCAGUGCGGCGUGUGCUUCGCCUCGGCCGGGUCGCUGGGCCGACACCGCUUCAUCACUCACCGCGUGCGGGACGCCCAGGGCGACGCUGACCGCGGCGCGGGACGGGCUUCCCCGGACGGCUCGCCCCGCGCCGGCGCGGCCUCGCCCCAAGCUCUGGGCGAGGACGCCGACGGCAACCUGAUCUGCAGGGUGUGCGGGCGGCGCUUCGAUAAGGCGUCGGACCUCAACACCCACUUCCGGACCCACGGCAUGGCCUUCCUCACUGCGCACAAGACGGACAAGCCCCAGUAGGACAAAAACGAGCCAGGCUAUAACAGGGGUUCUCAAACUUUUAGGGUCCGGGGAGAACAUUUUCCAAAAGGACCCCCUCCGUAAUCUACAGAGCACUGAAAUUAACUUUUAGCUGUCAACCGUUUCAACUUAAAUAUUACUAAACUGUUCAUUGAACCAAAUUAAACGUAAUGAGUCUUUGAGUGCAGUGAAAUCCCUGCCGUGAAUAGCGAAAAUCAGCACCCCCCCCCUCCCCCCAAAGGGUUGAAAAUUGCCUGUAGGUGUCAUAAAAUGGCAUCAAAACACUACUUUUCUACCAGACAGGGCAGUCGCUUGUCAAAAUGAACACGUUCACUGCCAUUGACGGCUUUAGAACUCAAAAUAUCCAAGUUAGCGUCAACAUGGUACAUAAGCAUCAGGUGCCAAACCAAAACUUGUUAAGACAGGGUGAAUACAUUUUUUAAAAAAACCUGCAAAUGGGUAAAUUUGUGAGUACUGAAUUGCAAAUAUGUGGGGGAAAACUAUUAAUAAACCCCUGAUAGUCGCAGAUAAGAGGGACUGAGCAGGGACAGAUUGUAAAUACACCAAAAACUAGAAUCCCCAAACACCUACAUAUUUCUAAUUAAUUUGACUAACAUUACUCGGGGAAAAAAAUUAAUUUCUUUGCAGAUUAAUUUAUAUGUAUGAUCCUUACUACUCUUAUUAGCCAGAGUUUUUAGCACCAUCUUAAAGAGCGUUAUAGAAAACACCCAAAAAUGUGAAUAGGUAAAUAAUCGCGUCACAGAUUUGAACUGGCCCAAAAAGUUAUGACGUAUGUUUGUUUAGUAUGUUGAACUGGCUUUCCCUAUUUGUUUAAAAAAAAAAAAAAAAAACAAACAAAAAAAUGUACUUAAAAGUUAAUUACAAAAAUAUUUGACAGACCCCAGUUUGAGAACCACUGCUCUAGAAUGUUUUCGUCACCCUACAUCUUGUCGUGCAUGCCCGGACUUCCUCCCCGUUUUGAGUGACAUAUUUUACGCUGCACGGCCGCCAUUUUACUGACCUCUCUCGAACUCUUUGAUUUGUACUCGUGAUAUUUAUUAUUUAUCAAUCAAACACUACUGCGAGACCACGCGCGGAUGGUUGUUGAAGGUGUUCGUUAAGAAGUUUGGGGGUAGUCCACGUUUUUUUUUUGUCAUGUAAAUACAUGAUUACACUACAACAAGAAAAAAAAAAUUACUUGCUAUGAUAAUGUGAAUACGUGUAGUAUUUGUACUUGUACUGUUCCUUUUUAUUCCAAGUAUCAAACAAGCGCCCCAGUAAGAGGAAGUCGAUGUCUAUCAAUAAUCGUAUUUCUUUUAUAAUGUUUGGGGGGGGGUAAAUACCUGUUUUGUUUGUAUCUUUUUAUAUAUGUGUCAUAUAUUUAUAUAGAUGGAUGAUAAUAGUGGAACAUUCAUGUUUUUUUUUUCCAUGGUUGUCUGCUUGCUGAAAACGCCAUACACAACACUUUUGUGCAGUUUCCAAAUAAAUGUCAAAAAGAGAUUUCAAUUUGGAUCGCGUGUUUAUAGCAUCUGACAACUGAGGUGACGACGGUGCAGGAUAUUCUCUUAAUUUUUAUAGCUUUUUGUAAAAUGAUUUAUUCCUCAUUAUAUCAGUAGAUCCAAAAAGAGAACAUGAUUUUGGUUUGCCUCUUCGGUUUAUAUUUGACGAGAAUGGCACGUAAAGUUGAGUUAGGGCCUCGAUUUCACUUUUAAAUUAACAACCAAGUAGGCUAAUUUACAAUUCAAACAUUUUAAAAUUGUUAAUAUGAAUUAUAUUCAAUUUCACUUUAGAUACUGUUAUCUAGGCUGGGGACGUAGAGUAAGAGGCAAAAAAUAAAAUCUACUAGAUGGCAAAAGGUAUCAUUAAUUAUUGACAUUCAAACAAAACAAUAAAAAACGUUUAUCUAAACACGCCAAUAUUUCAUGUUAGAUCAUCAUCGUAUCCACACAAACAUAUAUACAUACUGUAUAUGCAUAUUGAUAAUGUGCCGUGAUAUGUUUGGUCUACUACUCUAUGCAGUCUAGUAAAUAAAUUCCCCAUUGGCCACAAUUUCUAAAUGACAAACACCCAUUUAAUAAUAUUAAGUCAUGAUUUAGAAAGCCAUUACGAUACUUUUGGCCAAAAAAAUAAUACAUAUCAACAAAAAGCAUGAAUGAUAAAAUAUUGUACAUUAUUUGCAGGCUUGGUUAAACACAGGAAAAAUAAAAU